GGGGUUCGGUGGUUGGGCGGGGUCACGCCGAAGUCCCCGGAUGCGGGCAAGAUGGCGGCGCUGGAGCAGGGCGGGCGGCGGUCGCUGAGGCGGCUUUGGCGCCUCGCCCUCUUCCUCCUCCUCGCCCAGCUCUGCGGCCUCUCCGGGCAAGGUGGGCUCCGUGGGUCGCCCGAGGGCGGGCGGCGAGGGGAAGACGAGGACGGUCGGUCGGUCGCAGGUCUUAACGUUUCAGAGACAACAUCGAUUCCAUCGUAUGUGACACGAUGCCCUAGCAAUGGUUUAUGCACCCUUCUGCCUCCCGAAUGUAUGUCUUGUAAAACAAACUACACUUGCAUCUAUGGGAGACCAGCUGUUUUUGAAUGUGAAGCUAAAUCCCAGGUUCACUGUGUUGAUGAGAAAAACAAUCGUCAGAAAUUCUUCACAAUCAACAUGACUUGCCAGUUUUGCUGGCAGCUUCCUCCCACAGACUACGUCUGUUCCAAUCCUAUCAACUGUAAGACAGUUUCUUGCCCACGAGAACGAUAUAGUGCCAACUGCACAGUGCAGGAUCAUAUCCAUUGCCUAGGUAAUCGCACCUUUCCCAAGAUGCUUUAUUGCAACUGGACUGGAGGCUAUAAAUGGUCAACAGCCUUGGCUUUAAGCAUCACCCUUGGUGGCUUCGGAGCGGACCGUUUCUACUUGGGCCAGUGGCGGGAGGGUCUGGGCAAACUCUUCAGCUUUGGUGGCCUGGGAAUCUGGACUCUGAUUGAUGUGUUACUGAUAGGCGUUGGCUACGUGGGUCCCGCCGAUGGCUCGCUCUACAUCUAACCAUCCGUGCGAGAAAAAAAACAAAAAACAAACCCGCCAUCCGAAGUCAGUCACACUGGGAAAUACACAAGCCAGACUUUGAAAAUUAGACCUCGGAGCCUUUGUUCCAUAUGUGCACAUAUAUUUAAUGUACAGUAUCUGUACUUUGCUUGCCUUGAACUUAAGGUAAAAAUAAAUGAAGGGAUCAUUGAAUGAUGCUUUCUUAGAAUUCAUUUCUCUUUGGGUUUUCGGAUGCACUUUUUAAUUUUUUUCUAUGAAAAAGUUCAUAAGUUGCACAACUGAAGCGCAGUGCUCUUUCCCAACCCGUGCACAUGAAUUCGUUGUUGCUGGAGGUGUCUUACAAAUUUCUGAAUUAUGCGUGCAAGGAUUUUUCCAUAUUUAAAAGGAGGACAUAACCAUUCUCUACCAGUCCUGAGCCAAUACUCUACAGGGAGACUUUGGUCAUAUUCUAAACUGUAUCUCAGGCCGAAUGGUUCAUUGUUCUGUCUUUUAUUUUGUACUUUUUUUCUGGACAAGACUGAAGGGGGUGCAAAAAUCUAGCCUUUUCUGAAAUACGGACGUGUACAGAGUUGCAAAAUCUUAGCACUGAUUAUGGUUUACUGUAAUACAUAUGAUUACCUACCAUUGCCAGUGACUGUCGUAAAACAGAGAGGCCCAAUUAAAAUCCAUUUUGAUUAAGGACCAGUUCAUAUACAUGGGCGUUCUCAAAUCCCGAUUGUCUUCUAAAUAGACAGAGCAUGUGAUAACAAUGCAGUAAUUUAUACAAGUUAUUCUUACCGAGUGCUAAUUGUUGUUAGCAUAGAUCACGAGCACUUACGAACAGUCAGCUUUCUGCAUGUCAGUUCCUGAGUUGCAAGCAUCGUAGUUCCCAUUCUGUAUCACUAUGGGAACAGAAGAUGAACAAGGAUUGAUUGUGGUGAAGAUGCAAGGGUGUUAGAAAACAUUAAGGACAGCUUUAAGCCUCCAGUUUAUCCUAUUUGGAAGGCAACUUCUGUGCAGGAAAUGUCACCACCAGGAAUAAAAGCGCAACAUGCCUGUGAGCACAAUUCUGUGUGCCUCUACUCGGAAGUAAGCCUCCAGGUUUCAGCUGGACCUAUUUCCCCUUUAAACCUGCCUAUUGUUGCAAUUCAUUAUAUGCAGGCAUGUCUCUUUGCAAAUACUUGAAUCACAUCUUUAAAACUGAUGGAAAUCACCUUCUAAGAUCUGUAAUGCAGAAUUUGAUUCCUAAAUUCCAUCAAGGUACACCCAGAGAUGCUGUGGGAUUUUGUAGGAUCCUGGAAGUACCCUUCAAAGCAUCCCAUGACGUGGGUUGUGUCAAGUUCCAUCAGUCCAUGUCAUGGGAAUGCUUUGAAGGCUUGAAGCUAGACCCUGGCUCUUCCCAACCCUAGUCAUCUGAGCUGUUACCAUUAGGCCAUGCUGUCUCUGCCCACAAUCACCUGCAUGGUACACAUCCUGACUGUAAACAGUUCUGUACGCUGAAUACUUUGUCACACAACCCAUUCCCUUGUGUAGGAGGGAACGCCCAACCUACCCUAUUUCUCUGUUGGAACCACGUGAAGGCAGGUUACUUAUAACCCUAACUACUAAGAUGGUGUCGGGUUACAGAAACAGGAAACAUUGCUUGAUGUAAAUGUAUGUCUAAACAUUUUCCUUCAGAUAAAAAAAAUGGACGUUGCUUGAGUGACGUGCUGUGUUAACCAUUUUACACCCGUUCAAAAAAGUAAUUAAAAACGUUAGAAGCAAAAACGUGUUCUUCGGCUCGCUUGGACUUUGUGCUGGAAGGGGAUCGUGCAAAAAUAAAAGUGUACGUGCACUGUGUUCAUUACUCUCGGCUCCUGCUGGGCAAAUGUACGGAAUCCAGCGUAAAUGUGAUCCAAAUUUUCAUGAGCUACUUUUGUUGAAAGGCAGCACGUAUUUCUUUUUCUCUUACCCAUGAGUAAUUCUGCUCAGUAACAUUGCUUUUUACUGUUCUGUUUCCUGCAUUGGUUAGUUACUUGGUUGUUGUUUUUUUUAAAACUUCUGAAAGUGGCCGUGUAUGUUUGUUUUGACUAUAUAAAAAGAGAGAGAUCUGUUAUUUAGCAAGAAGCCCGGCAGGGCUGAUUGUUCUGUUCCCAUUUGUAAUGAUCAGGCAAUGUUGGAAGUUGAGCCUUCUAGUGUCAUGGACUGUAAUAAAGACCGUUUUGUUUCCUC